AUGGGGCGUGAUAGUCGCGGAGACCGAUACGGUCGCAGGGACGAUGUUGUUGACCCUCAUGGCGGUUCCCGGGGCGGUGGUGAGGCGUCUUCAUCUCGCUACAGUCGCUAUGCAAGGACGAAACGCUCGCGAUCUCCCCGUGGAGGUCGCCGGAAUUCAAGUGAAGAGCGAAAACACCGACGGCGCCGCAGCGAGAGUGUCAGUCGGCAGCGCCGGCGUCGCGAGGUGAGCGGGGACAGUGGGAAGAAGGGCCACCGCCGCUCACGUUCACGCUCACGGUCGCGCUCACGGUCCAAACCGUCUUCCAGGCGAAAGGAGGGAGGGGAGCUCUCGCGUUUCAAAACGGUAGACGUAAAUGAGCUUCUGCAGUCUCCCACUCCCGAUCCAUCUGCUGUUCCUAGCAACUCCUUACAAACUCAAAUAUUAUUCCAGUUACUGCAGCAGCAGCAGCAGCAUGCCGGUUUAUUGAGUGAUCCGUUACCAGCGGCAGUGGCGAUUCCUCCGGUUGAAACAACACCAAUGAUCAGCGUUGGCACAGUUGCCGGUGCUGUGCAGUCGGCGUAUCCGUUGCAAACAGACGGGGAAGUCCCUCAGGAAACACUUAUUGAUCAACCGGCGCCAGCGAAAGUACUUCCAUCUGUCGCGGAUUUUGUCCCCGUCAUCCCGAAGAGCUUAGUUGGGCUGCUGACCACCCCAGCAACCGGUAGUAACGUUGAAUCCGGCGGCGCCGACGUUUCCGCGGCAAGCGGUGGAGGAGCGAAUGGUGGUACGUGCGGUGUGUUGACAACGGCAACUGGGGCGCUCGCAGUCUUGCAAGCACCAAAACUUUCCCCAGAGGCGGAGCGCCGGGCACGUGAGGCAAGGCGGGCCCACAUUUCGUGCUUCCCACGAGGCACGACGCAACAGGAACUUCUGGACUACUUCAGGACCAUCAUACCGAUAGUUCGCCGCAUUCGAGUGCAGCGUGAAAUGGACCGGUUAACCGAAGAAGCGCGUGCAAAGCUUGGGAACGACGCGGAGGCGGAAAAUAUUGAGCGUCGUGAGAUACCACCCAACGCUGUGAUUGAUGUUGACCGUGUAAUUGAUCUAGCAGUAAAUAGCGCAAAGUCAAAACCCUUUGGAUUUUUGGAAGUCAGUCUUGCUGAUCUUGUGACAGAAUUGGUUGAAGAAUCCGUGCGGGACCCGGAUCGCUUUACCUUUGUUGCUGCUGAUGGAAAACCGUACCCUAUCACCAUCCGUCGUCCACGAGACUACCAGGAGCUUCCAGGAGUAGAUCACCGAAAGGUUGUGAUGCUUGGUUUCCCACCAACGCUCCCUCUGGAAAAAUUGCGGCUCGUGUUUGAGCAGUUUGGACAACUGCUUGCGUUUGAUGUGAAGGAGGGUAUGGCCUAUGGUGAAUUCGAGAAGGAAGAAGAUGCCGUUGAGUGUGUCCGUGAUUUGCAAGGAGAGGUGUUGGGUAACCGAGUGGUUGUGCUAAUGCCGCUUUAUGAUUGGCUUAAAGUUGUUUGUACUCAUGCCGACAUUGAUGUUUCACUUGACCCCGACGACCCUGUAGCAGGGACGUCGCUUUUGGCUAAAACAAACCAAAACGAUGGUGCCAUCGUACCGCUGCUUGCUGAAGAUGUGGAAAAGAAGGAGGAACCCGUAGACCACAUGAAAGAGCUACUGGAGCUUACGGUCCACCUGCCAGACGUGAUUCUGCACUUUUCGAAGACGUUUCCACAUCUUAGGUCACUGUACGGUAGCACAGUACCGAUUUUCCCCACCCGUAUCCUUGUGUUAAUGAAUCUGUUUGAUGAAGAGGAACUGGUGUUGGAUGAGACGUACGAACGACUUGUGGAAGAAGUCUCCGAAGAGGUAGAAAAACACGGGCGCGUAAAAUCUUUAAUCAUUCCUCGGAGGACACCCCCUCCACUCCCGCCCAAACUUCCAAAAAAUGUUUUGGCUUCGCGAACGGGUGCUACAAAGAAUUCGGAAAUGGGACAACCCAAGCACUCGCAGAACGACGAUUCUGAUGGUAGUAGAAAAGACUAUGAAUUCGCUGCUGAUCCUACCGCGCCACCCAUGCCUUCAAAUAUUUCUGUUGGGCGUGAGGAUGUCCAAUCGUUUCGCGGCGAUAAUGACGGAAUCAAACAUGAUCAAGGAGACGGAAGUAAUUUAAAUACUAACAAUGACAGUAUUAAUGAUGAUGAAGAUGAGGAAGCGAAGUAUGAGCGCGAGAAAGCGGAGUAUCUCAAGGCGCGGGAAGCUUACACAGAGAACAUACUGCACCCAAUUCACGGCGGAUUAGGCCGUGUUUUUGUGGAGUAUGAGUCGGUGGAUGAGGCAGCCAUUGCUCAACGGGAGAUUGCUGGUCGGUUGUUUGGAGGCCGCACCGUUGUAACGUCUUUCAUGUUUGAAGAUGUACUAUAUCCACCAACCACUGAGGAAGAGGAAGCGCGGGCUGAAGAGAAAGUACAGCUCUACUUGGAGUCAAUCGGAGCGGGGGAUGGUGAUGAAGGCGAAAAUGUUGGCAACGGUGAGGCGCAACCGCAUGGAGGUACCGAAGAUGGGACGCAGACAGGUGCCUUUGAGGAGGGCCAAAACUUGCCUUUGAAAACGGAAGGUGAUGACGGUAUCGCAGGUAUUGACGGUUAA